UGGUACACAACAGUGAGAUAGAGAACGUUGUCGGAAUAAGUCAGAAUCGCAGCUUAAGUAAAAGCAUUAUCGCUAAGAUGGUAAAUCUGUUACAAAUUAUUUUUAUAUUUCUAAACAUCUAUGGCGUUUUCGCGGUUGGUUCUCCCCCUAAUAAUGAUGAAAACGCGGAGAAUAUGCAUCCCUUCAUAAAAAUCGGCAGCAAGUAUUACUUUAUAAACGAGUCCUUAAAAAUGAACUGGUUCGCGUCUUCUUACUACUGCCGCUCUUAUGGUGGCGAGUUGGCAAAUAUUGAUUCGUCUGCAGAAAUGCUGGCACUGCAAAAUUACAUUUCAGCCAGAAAAAUAGAAUCGCGACUUUGGUUUGACGGCAACGAUUUGGCAAGGGAAGGCAAAUUCGUCUCACACACCACUGGCCGACCUUUGAUCUUCACUAAAUGGUCAUCGAAUAAUCCUAACAAUUGGGGCUAUAAUGAAGAUUGCCUUGAUCUUUAUUUGUACAACAAAAUACUUUUAAUGAAUGAUAACAACUGUGACACAGAGCUUCUCGCGAUUUGCAAGUAUCGCGAACGUAACAGGCAUUGCAGUGGGCAGAAUUCGUUGAUGCAUCAAAAUGAUAAUUGUAUACUAAGUGGCUUAGUUGAGGCUUUUGCGCAAACUGCCCGAAGUUGUAAGUCAUGCUCGCAACCCUUGUUGUGCCCCACAUCAUAGUGUAUGAACGGCGCCUAUCAUUUGUUUCAUCUUCAAAUGAGCAGGGCGCCAACUAAAAGCACAGAGAGCGAGGGAGAUAUGGCGCUCUUUCAAAGUGUGAUUAUAUAUGCACAUAUGUAUGUAUGUAUUUAUAUAUAAUUUUAUAUUAGUCUGCCAUA